CUGACGAGGGCGCAAUCACCGAGGUCCGCGUCCUCUUCGCUGCAGGCACCAAACCGCGUAGGUCGUCAGUCUUGACCUGCCGACCUUAAGAGCCAGCCAGAAUGCCGUUGCCUCAGCCGAAGACGGCGUUGAACAACGCGUGUUCGGUCAUAUUCAACAACACGCUUUACACAUACUCUGCCGAUGCGUUCCAAUCUUUGCGGUUAGAGCCAGGGGCGGAAUGGGAGGUGUUGCCUCAGGGUGAAAAGGUGACCGGCGGUGUUUGCGUGGGGUCGACUACAGGGACGCCAUCGACAUCGGCCUUCUUCGUCGUCGGCGGUGUCAGCGACACGGAAGGCUAUCAUGGUCUGCAAAAAUAUACAUACGCGACGGGCCAGUGGGAGUCGAUCAAGUUGUCGACUAAGGCUACGCACCAGCGGGUUGGACACAAUGCGGUCUACAUCAACAGCACCGACUCGAUCCUCGUCUACGCAGGCAAUCAAAACGGCCAAAACGCCCCAUCAUCGCAAACGUUCACUAUCGGCGCAUCAGCGCCGUACGCGGUGAGUUCCUACCCCACAGGUGGAACACCAGCACUCAAUCCGAUCUUGCUGCCCUGGUCUGCCGGCGAGGCCGUCUUGCUCGGCGGCAGCACGUGGAAUACCCAGGUCACGCUGUUCAGCGCCGCCGACGGGACGUGGAAGGACUCGGGAGCUUCGCUCGCAGCACCACUGCCCAAGGACACCUCGGCCAUUCAAGCGGUGGUGAUGACGGGUGAUGAUGGGUCAAAGAAUCUCAUCACUUUCGAUAUGUCGGUGUCGCCGAAUGCAGUGAAGCGGACGGUCUUGUUCACCGGCCCCGGCGAGCCGGUUCCGGAGGCUGCGCCUGCCCGGAGACGGCUGUCGAGGAGGAAGCAACAUGAGUCGAGUAGGAAGGCGGCCAGGGCUGACGAGCCGCUGACCCUCAACAACUGGCCACCAUACAACUCGACCGGAGCGCCCAGAGUGACCAGGAGCAAUUUUGCUUUCGCUCAGGGACCAGACGGCAUGGUCGUCAUUGCCGGUGGGACUGCUGCUGAUGACGACCUACUAUGCAUGUUCAACGCCAGAGAGAACAGCUGGGAGGACCCCGAAUCCAAGCUCAUCCAAGUCAAGAUCCUUGCAUCCGAGUCCUCGACAACCUCCUCGACAUCAUCCUCAACGUCAGCCAAGACCACGACGCCAACGUCGACGACUCUCUCGUCAUCCUCCACAUCCGUCUCGGCGAGCGCGACCAGCCCAGCAGUGGCUACCCAAACUCAAACUGAAGCGGAUCCAUCGCCAGUCUCGGACACUUCUCACCCGCAUCUCAACACCAUUCUUGGCGGUGUUCUGGGAGGCAUUCUCGGCUUAGCAGUCAUCUUGACCCUCCUGUACAUAUGUAUCAGGAGGCGCAAGAACCAAAGAGCUCAGAUGGAUGCCGGCCAUGCCAGGCAGUCUAACGGGGCGUCGUUGGAUGAAAAGGACGAUUUCGGUUUUGCGAAAGAGACAUUGGCGUUCGGCCAAGGGUUCCGCGGUCACAAACCACAGGGCUCGCAAAGCUCCUUCUCUUCAAUGGCCAUCUUGAUGGGCCGCGCGGGCCAGAGCAAGCUGACGGCCGGGCUCAGCCGCAAGUCGAGCAACGAGAGCAAACGGAAGUCGUCCGACAGCAUAUACAGUGCCUUCAAAAACACCAUCAGCAAGCCGAUCCCUCACCCGGCCCCGGACGUUCCACCCUUGCGGCUUCAGCAGGAUGCUCAGGACCCGAAGGUUGCCCCAUUAGCGGCCAACACGGCCGAGCCGAGGGCCCGGACGCUACCGACAGGAGGCGAUGAACAAGGGACUACGCGGCGCAGCUCUGGAUGGAACAGGUACUGGUCUGGCGGGUCAGCUCUGAACCUCCUGGGGUUUGGUAGCGGAAACAGCAACAGCAACAGCAACAGCAACAUCGCCGUCGCCCGCGACAGCUCCACCGUCAGCAACUCGCAACGGACAACGUUGCGCUCGGUAGGGAGCUCCAACUAUAGCAACCCGCACCGCAUAACGCAAGAUAGCGCGACCGUACCACCUCUAUUCCCCGCGGCUGCCGAGUCCCGGAUGUCUCUCAGCCGGGUCAAUGCGCACAGCCCGACUAUCGCUGUGUACGACGAAAAGCUAAACGAAGGCAUGAGCGGCCAGAUCGAGACGCAGCGCCCCAUCAGUUCCGUCAGUGACUUGUCGGCAUCGGCAUACUCCAGCGGCAUCCCAGAAUCUGUCCAAGAUGCAUGGGAUCCAACCGCCGCCAACAAACCUUGGGGCGCCGACCGGUCCCUAAACGAUUCCUUCACCGGUACCUAUCCGACAGCUCUUGCCCCCGCCUCACAAGGCCUGAAGCCCCCGUCACAAGGGCCGUCUCGACCGGCUCCUCCACAGCGAGAACAAACCCCCGUCCGUGACGAUAUGAGCUGGCUCAACCUGAAUGCCAAUUAAGGAGAGCUGCUCUUCACCAUAUUCGUUCUCUCCCCGGCGACAGAUUCCUCCCGGAGCCUGACAAUACCACGACAGAACCCCCUCGUGCUUGGGAAUUUUGCG